CGCGAGAAAAGAAACAGAAAAAAGUCGGCUCGACAAACGAACCGGAAUUGUCGAAGCUUCUUUGGUGCAUGGAGUCUGUGCGCACAUGGGAAAUUGUUCAAGAUGAACCGACAGCAGGAAGGAAUUUGGCCAGAUUUAUUUAUACGAAUGGCCCUAGUCGAUCACCUUCGGGCAGCUGCUCUUAGGCACUCGGAAAAAGGCUAGAGAUGGUAUCCCGGAUUUCAUUCCAAAGAAGUGCAUUUUGCAGUUUCUCUUUCUCUGAGAGAUAAGAAUUAUCCCCUUGUUAGCUGAGUGAUCGGAAGGUUUUCUACGCAUUCGACGGCAUAUAUAGAUGUAUUCGGUCGGAUCCCAUGGUAUCAAUUUUUUUUGCUACCUCACAGGACAACUGUUCCAGUGUUGGCAAGGCCAAUCUGGCAGGGAUGCUGCACUGUUCUAUGGAGCUCCGGACAAAUUGUUGCUUCGAGCUUUGUUACUGCCUAGAUAAAUACACUGGUGGAGUGUUGGCCACACAUGCCUGGCAGAGAUGCUCUCGAAGCAAACUGAUGCCUAUGUCGAUGCAAUUGCCGAGAUGGCCGCAACCUUAUACUCCGACAGCGCUACAGCGGAGUCUUGGUCCAGCAGAGGUCUACGGAGGUCGUCACCCCCCGCCCCAGUUUUGUAGCUGCAAUCAGUGGUCCCCGAAGCGGUUCCUGAAGGGUUUCCUGAGUUUGAAUAUCAACGACGUCUAUGGGACUUUCAAUGGAUGGCUUGAUGUUGAAUUUCUGCCAAAAAUCAAUUCCAAGGAUACAUUUCCUGUUGAGAUCUGGGGCAACCACGACAGAUGUACACGGAGGGCACGUUCAUUAAGCUGUCUCUUUUCCAAGCUAUCGAUGUUACGAAUGGCCAGCUCGUAUUCCAGUUCAUCAAUUGUUAAGUGCGCACAGUUCAUUCCAUAGUACAACACAUAAAGGUGGGACAUAUCCAUGUUGAUAGAAUUAAGGUAAAAUUUAAAUUAUUUAAAUAUGAAUUCAAAAUACAGAAAUAUACAGAGAAAACCAAGCAACCUAAUACUGCAAAAUAAAUAAAUAAAUUACCUAAAUAUAAUUAAUUACCUCAUAUUUUAACCUCACAAUUCAAAUAAAUAAAUUAAAAU